GUCAAAACGAAACACGAGCAGUUUCCGAUUGCCAGCAAUGCCAUUACCUUAAUACUUCGGAAUACUUAGCAAUAGCAUUCAUAAUUGUUUUGCAGGAUCGAACUAUAUGUUAAAAGAAACUAUGAGCUACGAGAAAACAAAAGUCAAGGAUCUAUAUCAGGGCAGCAGUUUCGACAAAGCAGCUUACAAUGCAUAUGAAGCCGUUAAAGCAGAGAGAGAUUCAUUAAAGGAAUCUGAGACACUUUACAAGCGAAAAGUCCUCGCUGUAGAGGAAGACGCUGAAAAUUUGUUAAAGUCAUACCAAGGCAUCUAUGCCGAAAACAAGGUCUUGCGAAGCAAAAUAGAGCAUGGACCAGACGCGUCAAGAAUCAAAACGUUUCGGGGCGAGAUAAAGCGUUUGGAAGAAAAGGUUACAAGCGUCCGCAGCGAGAAUGCAAUGCUUACCGACGAGAUUGCGAGACUCCAAAAGCAGUUAAGCCAGAAUUUAGAAGAAAAGAAAAGAAUCGAAGAUGCAUUCAAAAUGGAAAGAGGUUUGCAUGAAGAUAAAACAAGUAAUAUAGAAAAGGAAAAGAAUGCAUUGGAAGAAAGAAAUGAAAAGCUUGAAAGGAGUUGUAAGGAGUACGAAUUUAGAAUUAAACAUUACGAGGAAGAGUCUGAUGGUUUACUUCACAGAUACAAGGAGCUUAAACGAGACAACUUGAAAAUGGAAACAAAAUUCAAAAAGCAAAAGGACCUUAUUGAGGAAGAAGUAAGAGACCUAAAGGAAACUUCAAAAGAUAUGGCGAAGGAAAUAAUACAGCUCAAAUCAAAACUUGCACGUCUUCAAUCCGAAUACCAAUCUGUUAAGCUUGAUUAUGAAGCAGCACGAAAACAAAUUGAAUACCAGAAUAAAGAGCUUGAGGUACAUAAAACGCAGUCGUCUGUUCUCAAAAGGAAUGCAAAGAUGACGAAUAGGGAGUUCGACACAAUCAAAGAAGAAUUGAAAACCUAUGAAGAAAUGUUGGAAGACGAACGUAAAUUCGGCUUUGAAACAGUAUUCGUCGAAGUAAAGGAUCAGAAGAGGAAAGAACGAAAACUUUUGAAAAGAAUUGGCGAUUUAGAACUACAGAGGGAAGAAUUGCAGCGUGAAAACCAAUCGUUGGAACAAGGAACGAACGAAUGCCGAAGAAGAAUGGAAUCAUCUAUAUCUGAGUAUCAGGCAUUGGCCUUCGCUAAUUCAAACCUCAAAAGGAGGGUUGAAGUGCUUGAAAAUUCUAAUUUGGAAUUAGACAGACGUAGCAAGUUCAUGUUUGAUGCCAAUAAAAAGGGAUUAGUGGUAACUAUGGGCAAUGAAACCCUGAAGAAUGUACAGAAAGAGAAGAGUAAUUUAUUGGCAAAAGUACGAUUCUUGGAAACUGAAAACCGGCGGCUCAGUCGAAGAAUUAAAGAGUUGGAGAACGAAAAUGAUUUCGAGGAAACUACUACAGUGUAUUCCUUCAGAACGUCAAAAGGGAAAAGAGACAAUAUCAUUCACGCAGACAUGCCUUCCUUAAAUGGAGCUGACUUUGUUAAGUCAUCAUAUCGAAAAACAAUGAAAGCUUCUUCAAAAUCGUUUCCUUCUUCAUAUUAGGUAGAAUAUAUCAGCAGAAAACGUUCAUUAUCUUUAUCACAAUCAUUAUCAUAAGCAGCAACAGCAGUAACAGCAGCAGCAACAAUAGAAUCAUCACCGCCGCCACCACCAUCAUCAUCAGCAGCAGCAUCAGCAUCAGCAUCA